GAGACAUGUUGGGACGGAGGCCCGGGUACCACUGCACUGAAUUCUGUUACUAUAGCUACUACUGUAGUAACCAUGGAAACGCUAUGGAGGACUGCUCUGGUCUGCACUGUCGUUAUAGUUGCCAGCGAGGUCGCAGGAGGUCACAAAGAUGAGUUUGCAAAGUCACAAGCUGCUUUCCUGUCCAGCCUGGGCCACUAUGAGAUCGCCAUCCCGGUACGUGUAGGACCAAAUGGCGAGAUGCUUAAUGCAGAAAACACUCAUCAACGUCAAAGAAGGCGUCGAAGCACUGAAGACAGACUGCCUGGCUCUCUCUUCUACCAGCUCUCCACAUCUCAAAACAACUUCCUGCUGAACCUGACGCUGCAGGGAGCACUUUUGUCUCGGCAGUUCAGGGUAGAGUACUGGAAAAGGGGCAGAUUAGCCUGGAGUCACCCUUACUCCCCCCACUGUCACUACACGGGACACCUCCAAGACCAGCCGCACUCCAGCAAAGUGGCUCUGAGCAACUGUAACGGCCUGCAGGGGGUGAUUGUUGCAGGGGGAGAGGAGUACCUGAUUGAACCCCUUGUCUCACCAGAUAACCAAACGACGAUAGAGAGGGGGGAGAGAACCGAGGGGCGUCCUCAUGUGGUUUACAAAAGGUCAUCACUCCGUCAUCAGUACAAGGGCCGGUCCUGCGGGGUCAUCGAUGAGAAGCCAAUGAAAAGUGCAUCAUGGUGGCAGCGGACACUGAAGACGCCGCCUCAUCAUGUGGGCCGAGGCCAGCUGCCUCUGAAGCGCUCGGUGAGCCAGGAGCGCUACGUGGAGACGAUGGUGGUCGCUGACAAGAUGAUGGUGGGUUACCACGGCCGCAGGGACAUUGAGCAAUACAUCUUGGCCGUCAUGAAUAUUGUUGCCAAACUGUUCCAGGAUUCUAGCCUGGGGAAUGCAGUCAACAUCGUGGUGACACGACUCAUCCUGCUCAUGGAAGACCAGCCAACGUUGGAGAUCAACCACCAUGCAGGGAAGUCUCUAGACAGCUUCUGUAAGUGGCAGAAAACCAUCCAGCACCGCAGCAGCUACGGGAACGCCAUACCAGACAAUGGCAUUGCUCACCAUGACACUGCUGUGCUUAUUACUAGGUAUGACAUCUGCAUUCAAAAAAACAAGCCCUGCGAAACUUUAGGUCUGGCUCCAGUCGGCGGGAUGUGUGAACCAGAGCGGAGCUGCAGCAUCAACGAGGACAUCGGACUGGGAACAGCCUUCACAGUCGCCCAUGAAAUCGGACAUACGUUUGGGAUGAACCAUGACGGCAUGGGGAACGCUUGUGGAUCUCGCAGCCAGGAGACUGCCAAGCUGAUGGCUGAUCACAUCACCAUGAAGACAAACCCAUUCAUUUGGUCCGCCUGCAGCCGGGAUUACAUCACCAGUUUCCUGGACUCGGGUAUGGGUUCUUGUCUGAACAACGUACCACCAAAGCAGGAGUUUGUGUAUCCAACAACGGCGCCAGGUCAGACCUACGAUGCGGACGAGCAAUGUCGCUUCCAAUACGGCAUCAGAUCUCGGCAGUGUAAAUAUGCGGAAGUCUGCAGCGAGCUUUGGUGCAUGAGCAAGAGCAACCGCUGCAUCACCACCAGCAUCCCCGCUGCAGAGGGAACCAUCUGUCAGACCAACACCAUAGAGAAAGGGUGGUGCUUUAAGAGGAUGUGCGUUGCUUACGGCACUCGUCCGGAGGGUGUGGAUGGAGGUUGGGGUCUGUGGUCACCGUGGGGGGAGUGCAGCAGGACUUGUGGAGGAGGGGUCUCCUCUUCAGUCAGACACUGUGACAGCCCCAGGCCAACCAUUGGUGGAAAAUAUUGUCUGGGGGAAAGGAAGCGAUUCAGGUCCUGCAAUAUUGACGAGUGCGCUGCUGGCUCCCGGGACUUCCGAGAGAUUCAGUGCUCCGACUUUGAUAACAUUCCCUUCCGGGGAAAGUUUUACACCUGGAAACCUUACAGAGGAGGUGGAGUGAAGCCCUGCUCUCUGAACUGUCUCGCUGAAGGAUACAACUUUUACACGGAGCGCGCUCCGGCUGUGGUGGACGGCACGCCGUGUCGAGACGAGUCUCUGGAUGUGUGCGUGAACGGAGAGUGUAAGCACGUGGGCUGUGACCGUGUUCUCGGCUCGGACAUAAGGGAAGACCGCUGCCGGAUCUGUGGGGGGGAUGGGAGCAGCUGUGUCUCUGUGGAGGGGGUCUUCAACGACUCGCUGCCCGAAGGAGGCUACGAAGAGGUGGUCAGAAUCCCUAAAGGCUCUGUCUUCAUCCACAUCCAGGAGCUCAACAUCUCCCUCAACUACCUUGUGCUGAAGAGUAAAAGUGACCAAUAUUUUAUCAACGGGAAGCUUACCAUCGACACCCCUCGGAGGUUCAACAUUGCGGGCACCACCUUCCACUACAGACGGCCCACUGACGGGCCAGAAACUCUUGAAGCUCUGGGUCCAACAAACAUCACCCUCAUCUUCAUGGUGCUGGUUCGGGAGGAAAACCCGGGGAUCCACUUUCGUUUCAAUCCGCCAGUCAGCAGGGAUCCUCUGAGCGGGUUUGCCUGGCACUACACCUCCUGGUCUCGCUGCUCAGCUGUGUGUGCUGGAGGUGUGCAGGUCCAGCAGGUGGUCUGUAAGAGUCAGGUGGAUCUUACGGUCGUCUACAAUCACUUCUGUGACAAGAAGAAUAAACCCAAGGAGAAAAGAAGAUCCUGCAACACUGAGCCUUGCUCCCCAACCUGGUGGAGCGGAGAGUGGUCAGAGUGCAGCCGCAGCUGUAAUGGUGGUCUGCGGACCAGGGAGGUGUUAUGUAAAAGGAGGAUCUCUGUCGUGGAGGAGAAAGUUCUGGACGACUCGGUCUGCACCGCUCCUUGCCCGUCGUUCACUGAGCCCUGCAGCAACCACAGCUGCCCCCCCGAAUGGCUGGCUUUGGACUGGUCAGAGUGCACGCCCAGCUGUGGUCCUGGCUACAGGCAUCGUGUGGUGCUGUGUAAGAGCGGGGAGAGCGGCGACACGCUGCAAGACUCAAAGUGCUCCAAACACGGCCGGCCCACAUCCAGGGUGCGCUGUAACCUGCAGCGCUGCCCUCCCCCUCAAUGGGCCAUGGGUCCCUGGGGAGAGUGUUCGGCCAAGUGUGGUCUGGGUCAGGAGAUGCGCUCGGUGCAGUGUCUGUCCCACACCGGCCAGCCGUCCAACGAGUGUCUGGACCAUCAUCGGCCUGCAGCCAUGCAGCAAUGCAAGAGCAAAUGUGACCUCAGUCUGCCCAUCAAUACAAACAACCCUGAAGAGUGUAAAGAUGUGAACACUGUGGCAUACUGCCCCCUGGUGCUCAAAUUUAAGUUCUGCAAUCGGCGCUAUUUCAGACAAAUGUGCUGCAAGACCUGCCAGGGACACUGA